AUGCCAUGGUUGGUUAUUUGGAAGAACCCAAUGGUUGAGGAGGCGGGACGAAUCUGGUCAACCACAAUUGAGCGGGUGCUAGAGAGGUCGAUGAUGGGUAGUGAUAAUUUGGCGUUUCGGGUUAAGGAUUUUGGGUUGGGCGAGUUUUGGGGUGGAUGGUGGAAAAUGCGAGGGAUGGUGGUGAGGUCAGAAUCAACGAGGCCUUUCACUCCAGUUUGGAUUCAUCUAACUUCUUCGCUUCUUCAAGUCUGUUGUAGUCUUGGGCUGGACGAUGGAUGGGGUAAACGAAAUGUGUGGGGGUUGCGUGGGACGCAAAGGGACAAGAUGCGUUUUGUAUUUAUUGUGGGAGAAUCGUUGACUAUUGACAUUACAAUCACUUAA